AUUUUUUGCUUUGCGAUCAACCGAGUCCCGACUAUCGUCCGCGCAUUCCUACCUCCUACCUACCGUCUCGUCUCGCACAUCUUGCCUCGUACAUCUCGCCGAGCACAACUUUCAGAUUUCAGAUUUCAGAUUUCAUCUCGCCGAGCACGCACAUACACAGAUACAGACACACACACAGACACGGAAACACACACAUACACAGACAAGUACACGCACACAUACACAUACACAAUGCAUCGCCAUCUACCGCUCCUACUACUCGCCAUCGUAUCCACGACGGCGUCGGCGUCGUCAUCAGGAACCGCUGCGAUUCCGGGAAUAAUGUUCAUUCCCCGAGACGUGCUCGCUCGGCGGGCGGUGUGCGGCUUCGGCGAGGUCUGCGGCAGCGGGUGCGCCAGUGGUCCAUGCUGUGACGAUGCUGCUGGGAUUUCCUGCGUGGAAGGAUCGGUGUGCACGGAUAUCGGCGGGGUGGUCGGAUGUUGUCCCGCGGGCGAAACGUGUGACUGGCUGCAGGAGUGUAAAGACUUUGCGGCGGAGGAGUGUGCGGGCGAGGGGGCUGAGGGGUGUUGUCCGGAGGAAGCUCCGUACUGUGAUCAGGCGAGGAGUAUUUGUACUGCCGUCCCUGUCUCCGCCUCCGCCUCCGUCGCCUCCUCAUCAUCCUCCUCCAGCUCCUCCACCCUCCCCCCUCUACGACUGGCCAUCACAACCACCACCUCAUCCCUCGCCAGCAUCUCGCCAACAACAUCCCUCCUCCCAGCAGAGGCAGAAACAACAAUCCUCUUCGAAACCUUCGAGACCGCAGUGGCUGUGCCGACCUCACUAGUCCUAGACGAGCCCUUCCCGACCCGGACCUUCGAUGCCCUGGACGGCGCACGCAUAACCGCAGCCGCAGGGACUGGAACGGCGCAGCCAUCGCAACCGUCAGGACUGAUCGUGCCGCCGGCGCCGCUGUAUCCCGCCAGCAACGGCACGGGCUUUGCGGGCUUUGCGGGGAAUGCUAGUGCUGGUACCAACGUGACCGGGAAUAUGAAUCUUACAAGGUUUGAGAGUGCUGCGGGAGGCAGAGCGAGAGGCGCAGGUGCAGGGACGGGCGGAAGGGUCUGGCCGCUGGUUCUGGGUCUGGGCGUCGCGGCGGGCGGGUUCUCGUUGCUGUGAGGGUGGAAAGGGCGGAUGCGGGUGGGUGGGAGUUUUUGGCGUUUUGCUCUUUCUUUUCGGUUUGGUUUGGGAUGUAUCAUGUAUGAUGC